AUGGCUACGUCGGUAUACAUUACAAAUAAUAUUGCUAUCAUUGAUGGCUGGAUAGUCGACACAUCCAAAAACUUUGUUUUAACUAUGUAUAACUGCAAACAACAAUUAGAUUCCUAUGUUUUUACCAAAUUAAAUCAGCAUGUAUUACAAAACUACAAGAGUUUGGCCAAUCCCAAGAAUCAAAUUUUUGCUGUGGAAUCAGAAAUGCUGUUCCAGCAUGCUAAGUUGGAGGCCCAUAGAUUCUACAAAUUGAGAGAUCACUCGGUGACUCUCAGAAAAAGCAGAAGGGCAGAGAGAACUAAAAAGAUUGUCGAACAGACCAUUGAUGUCAAAUGUCACCGUCUUGCUCUUGGUAGAAGAAAUUACAUUUAUUUAGCUCCAAAAAGUGAAUUGAACGACGCUGGUGCUAUCGAAAUGAUGUCUGGUAUAACCACAGUUAGAAAAGAAAAGGACAAUAGUAUCUUCGUGAAACUGCUCAAACUGGAGGACUUUCAUUUCAUUCAAGGGGAUUUUAACUUUAUUUGUAGUACGUACCAUGACAUCAACUAUAGGGUGUUUGAAGGACAGUUUCUAGAACCUGUGCAUACUAUCGGUGAUAGAACAUUAUCAAACUACUACGGCGCAGACUAG